AUGAAUUUGGAAUCAUUGGCAAAUGAAUUAUUACUCGAUUUAUUCGAUUAUUUCAACAGUAUUGAAUUAUUUCGUUCAUUUUCUGAAUUGAACAUUCGAUUCAAUAAUCUUCUCUUCCAACAUUAUCGAUCACAUCAUAUCGAUUUGCGUUCGAUAACAAAACAGGAUUUCGAUGAAAUUUGUCGCAAAUAUUUACCAGAAAUGACUGAUCGAGUAAUUUCGUUGCAUUUAUCAGAUGAUGACGAAACGCCUUAUCAAUUAACUUCGUUUCUUUCUUAUAAUUUGAAAAUUCCUGAUUUUCAUCGAUUAAAACGACUUUCUUUGAUUCACAUUCGGUCGAUGAAUAUAAUGAACGAUCUUUUACGACAAUUGAAAUUUCUUCCUGAUCUGAAACAUCUCGAAAUCAUCGAUUGUAACUUUCGUUUGAGUUAUUUUCAUAUCAUUUGGUGUCAACGUCAACUUACUCAUUUCAAAUUAGAAAAACUUGCUUCAAUCGAUUUCACCGUCAAUAACAUUUCAUCUUCAAUACAAAAUUUAAUUCUUCACUCAAAUCUGACUCAAUUUCAUUCACUUGAUCGUUUAUUAACCUCUACACCUCAUCUUCGACAUCUUUCCGUAGUUUUAACUUUCAAUAUGAACUUUUCUCCAUUUUCAUUCAUAGGCUCAUCGCUGAAAAGUCUUCAUUUAGUUUAUUCUUCUUCAUUUGAUUUUCUCGAUGAACUUUUGGAACGUUUUCCAAAUUUAAAACAAUUGAAAAUUCAAACAGAGUAUAUCGAAAUAAAUGGAUAUCGAUGGGAGAAGAUCAUUAGAAAUGAUCUAUCAAAAUUGAAAAUCUUUGAAUUAAUGAUGGAAUUCGAUACACCAUGGAAUCUUAACAAAGAAAAUCAAGUUGAUGUAAUUCUUGAAUCAUUCCGCACUUCAUUUUGGCUCAUUGAACAUCAAUGGUUUGUUCGAUGUCAUUAUUAUAACAAAUCACUUUGUCUUUAUACUUUACCUUGUACUUUCCCGAAGAGUUUUCAAUAUUUGGAUAAACCAUUUCAAUCUACAUGUUCACAUUCAACUCACUUGUUGAAAAUUCAUCAUAUUGAUGUCUUAUUUCCAUCUAUUAAUCCAUUUUGGAUGAAUACUGUUGAUAUUUCUCAACUGAGAUCGAUUUCUAUUCAAAUUUCCGACGAUUUAUCCAUUCAAUCUCAAUUACAAAGUUUAUUCGAUCGCGCAACAAAUCUUUAUUCAUUGAGAUUAUAUUCCAAACACUUUUCUCGUCAGUUUUUCCUUGAUAAAAUCACAAGUGAAUCAAUUCGUCGUCUUGAUUUACGAUCGAUUUAUCUCUAUGCAAAUGAAAAUAUUUGUCAACAGUUAUGUAAAACAUCUUUAGUAAACCAAUGUGAAGUUUUAUUAAUUCACGUAGAAAAUCGAUCGGAGAUUCUCUUUCUUAUUAAUCAUAUGAAAAACCUUCGAGCACUUUAUGUUCAUUCGAAAGUUUCAGUUGAUCAAACAAAUCCAUAUUAUCCAUCGAUUUUCAUUGAUGAACUUAUUCAAUGGUUAAAACAACAGUUACCAACAAGUUUUGCAAUUUCACCUGAUGAAUAUUUUCCAUCGUGUGUUCGAAUUUGGAUUUCAUACGUUCAAUUCUCAAACGAAUAA